AUGAAGCGUAUAACCUCUUCUCACCAAGCUAUAGUUUACAACGUCCCAGAUUCUCUGCCCCUGAAAACUGUAAGACACAAAAUCCUGAUUUGUUGCGGCAUGGCUAGUGUUCCAUGUGAAUGCAAACGACUUCGUAAAAAGUCUAACCAGGCUAAUUGCCCAAUCAUUUUUAAAUUCAGUAAUUCCCUUGAUGCUAGUAAGUUUACUAAAUGUCAGGAUCACUUAAGACUGAAUAGCAGUUAUAAGUCUAUAACCGUAGCUCAGGAUAAAACACCGUGUCAGCGCAGAAUAAUGCGUAGUAAUAACCUGGUCACCUCCUCUAGCUUAGAUUUACCAAAUAAGGAUCGUGCACAGCAACAGACACCUAGUGCUGAAACUAGCAUUCAGCAAACUACACAACAACCACACCUGCCAAUGGAACUAGGAACUGAUUUAGAUACCAGUACCCCUGUAAAUAAAGCCUCAUCGAAAGAUGUUAAAAUGACUAGAACUUCUGCAAGUUGUUCUAAGAAAUUUCCCCCCAAACGUAGUAACCUCACCACGAUGAACAAAUUUCGCAGGGUUGAGACUAAUGAUGGGGAAGAAUACUUUGUAUUCAAUAAGCCUGCUGAGAGUAAGAAUGCCAACAAACCAUCACUUGUUACGAAAAACUCCUCUCGAAACAUAAGUAUAUCUGGAGGUGUUCCGCAUGCUCCACCUUAUAGAAAGUCAGGCUCCAAGACUCCUAAAGUCUUGCAGCCAAAGCACCUUCCUUCACAAUUCCCUUUAAGUUAUAAAAACAACCCGAAGGUGUAUACCGGUAUGACGAAUAGCAGUUGGAUGGGUAGACCUUCUGAUGCUAUGCCUUUUAACCGUCAACCUAGGCCCAACCUGUACUACCCUUAUAUCCAGGAACACAUGGUAAAUUUUCCAGGUGUCCCGAAUCACUGGUACGACCCAUGGCACCUAGGACCACCUCAUUGCACUCCAACCCCGAUGUACAGACACCCAGUCCGACCUCCUUUUCAUUCAUAA